CAGGUAGCUGGAGGGUCUGGAACACUGUGGAGUGUGUGUGGUAAUUUCUCCGGUUCUCUCAUGGACUCUCCCAGUGAGGACGACCUCUGCUGGCUGCAGCUGGACGACUUCAGGAUGCUGCUCAUCAAAAACAUCGAGCCGUCCAGGAUCACACCCUACCUGCGCCAGUGCAAGGUGAUCAGCGCUGAGGAUGAGGAGCAGCUCUUCAACGACCCUUCGCUCAUCAUCCGGAGGAGGAAAGUCGGAGCCCUGCUGGACAUGCUGCAGAGAACGGGGGUCAAAGGUUACACGGCCUUCCUGGAGAGUCUGGAGCUGGACUAUCCUCAGCUGUACAGCCGGAUCACCGGGAAGGAGCCCAACAAGAAGUUCAGCAUCUUGAUUGACACUGCAGGGGAGUCGGCCCUCUCGGCCUUCCUGAUGGCGGAGCUGAGCCGCCUGCAGAGGGCGCUGCAGGAGGAGAAGAGGAGGAGGCAGCAGGCCUGCUCCGUCGCUAAGCAACAGGAGGCGUGGUCUCGCCAGCAGCAGCUCCUGGAGCGGGAGCUGAAGAAGCUGACGGAGCGGCUGCAGAAGCUGCAGGAGGAGCGCGAGAGGAGCAGCGAGGAGGUGAAGCGCCUGCGAGAGCAGAACUACACCCUGAUGGAGCAGAUCAACACCCUGAACCAGGACCGCAGCGACGCCCUGCUCAGCAACCGGGACCUGCAGAUCCAGGUGGAGCGUCUGAAGAUGCGGGCGGAGAGUCAGAGCCGGCUGCUGAGGAGACGCACGCUGAGGCCGCUGCAGGAGAGCCGGAGCCUGGACCCCAGGAGCUUCCAGCUCCACCAGCUGCAGGAGCAGGAGGAGGAGAACCAGGAGAACCAGGAGCAGAACCAGGAGCAGAACCAGGAGCAGAACCAGGAGCAGAACCAGAAGAACCAGGAGCAGAACCAGGAGAAGAACCAGGAGCAGAAACAGGAGGAGGCGAAGCAGCAGCGCAGAGGCCCUCAGAAGAACCUCCUGGCCUCCGUCUUCAGACUGAGAACCGAGCUGCACCGAGCAGAGGAGCAGAGAGCCAGGAGUGUGGAGGAGCAGGAGGAGCUGGAGCUGCGUUGUGCUCAGCUGAAAGGAGACGCCAAGAUGUACCGUCAGCAGAACAAACAGACCCUGCGGCAGCUGGAGGAGGUGAUCCGGGAGAGGGACAAGGCGAUGGCGUCGCAGGCGGAGCGGCAGGAGGAGGCGCGGCAGCUCCUGCAGGAGAAGGACCAGUACAGGGAGCAGGUCCGGCAGCUGACGGAGCACUCUGAUAGGCUGGAGCUUGGCCUGCUGAGGUCAAAGGGGGAGGAGCUACAGCUGAGGGCACGCCUCCGCAGGAUUACCUGCAACUCAAGCCAGUGUGACAGAAGUGUGAGCAGUGACGAAGAAGAUGAGUCAACAGACAACAUUCUAGAAGCGUGCUGUGUGGAGGUGAACUCAGGCAGCAGCGUGGAGGUGCACAGCGAGGACGUGCACAGUGAGGACAUGCAUGGAGAGGACGUGCACGGAGAAGACGUGCACGGCGAGGAGGUGCACGGCGAGGAGGUGCAUGGCGAGGACGUACACGACACCGGUCCUCCUUCAGGGAGAAGCAGUGAAACCAGGCGAAGAGCCAGCAAUGUUGCAUCAUGGGACAAGCGAAACAACGGAGUCCGGAUCCGCUCUCGGUUCUGUGACCGCAGGAAGCGUGCUCUGAGGUCAAAGGUCAUCAGUGGGGAGCACACGGCCCGUAACCAUGACGACAGCAGCUGCAGCGACGUCGUCGUGUCGGAGUAACCGAGAGCCCGCUGACCUUUGACCUGAUACUGAGACCUGAGACCAUGGCUGUGUUCGAAACCGCUUACUGCCUACUACAUACUUCCAUAUCCAUACUGUCCAUACUGCAUACUGCACACC